AUGGAAAACUGUUCCAACCCUCUUCAAAACCGGCUUUGGGUCUGCAUUCCACAUGCGAUUUCAUGCCUUUUCAGUGGACCACAAGUCGCUUUUCAUUACGUGGACCGUAACACAUGCAACAUGGAUCGCCACGCGCUCCAAAUCGUGCUGCUCGCCUUCCUCCUGGCUGCCGCGGUGCCCUGCGCCGCGUCUGAGGCCUCUGGAUCAGAGCCUGAGCCAGAUUUCACCGUUACCAUUAGCAGAGACGGAAUUACAGAAAACAGCCAACGGGAGUUCUCGCUCGGCCCUUCCGCCACUCUCCGUGUUGUCGACGAGACCGGCAAAGCGACUCUCCUGCCCGCUCCGAGCACUGACGCCGCAAGUGAGGCGGGGCAGUACAGCGUCGCGUACGUGUUUGAGAACGGGCAGUGCAACUUCGAAAAAACAGUCGCAUACAAGGACGCCUUCCCUGGCUAUUCGGAAGAAUUAUGGGUCCGUACCGGAACUGAGGCUGGGACCGAGAAGGAGAGUGCAGGAGAAGUUGGGAACUACACAUUUACGAAUCCUCCUGAUGAGUAUUUGAGUGGAGGGGUCAGUUUCUGUGUCCGGUUCACGACAGGGACAACCACAACCACGCCGUCUCCGACAACGGUAGAGGCAUCGGAUGACUCGCCAACACACACGGAUAGUAGUUCGAAUCCAACACCCGGCGUGGGAGGCCAACCGCCAACUCAUUUGACAGGGGACGGCGACGGCGAGCAAGGACAGGGGCCCGAGGGCGCCGGAGAAGACCAGGUGACCGACAGCGUAGAUGAUGGCAAAUCAGCAGGCACGAAGGACAACAGGGCCUCUCCCGUCGUCUCCGCAGGAGAGCCUGCUUCCCCCAAGGAACAAACAGCCCCACUCGAGUCAGAGUCGGCGGGUCCUGCGAGUGUAUCGCUUUCUACCGGUGACACCCCACCUAAACAAGAACCCACACAAGACGACGCCGCCACCACAUCCCCCCCUUCAGCAGACAGCGCAGUCUCCUUGGCCACAGCGGCCCCAUCGAGUACUCAAGCUGACGAGCCGACAAUAGAGCCCAGCACAUCCGUCGUUGGGAAUGCGGAGAACAGAGCUGCUGACGGUGAUAGCCACGCUCGCUUGAGACGGCUUUCUGGCACAGAGGCUUCAGAAGUGAAAUACCUGACCAUCGUCGUGCACUCCGCUGCUUCCGGGUCUACGGCCGGAACAUUGACGCUGUCAGCUGCUCUGUUGGCUUUGACAGCCUCACUCCUGGCCAUCUUCUAA